AUAAACAGCAGCUCUACUCACUCCGUUGUUACUCUUCAUCAUGUGUGUAAACAAUUAAUUAAUUGAUGCUCUUAAUUUUAGUUAUUACAACUAAUGUAUGCCGCUCAGCUAUUGUGCAUAUAUAUAAUCGUACAUUAACAAAACACGAACAAUUUGUAAGCAUUCUAAACCCUCCACCACUCUUCAAACAAUUUUUUUUUUUCCUUUCCAAAUAAUAAUAAUGAAUGAUUCUUUUGAGUUUUGAUAAUAAUACAUCCUUUACAAGAUUCAUGAAUCCUCUAGAGAGGGAAAGAUAAUUAUAAAAGAAAAAACAAUGAGAGAAAGGGUGGUCUAUAAAAUUAAAUAAUUGGAAGCUUAUGAAACAAAAGUAGUUUGUGUGAACCUCCAAAUUAGAGAAAGUAAUAAUUAAUAUUAAUAUACUUUCCCCACUUUAGAACUCUACCAGCAAGCAAGUUUAGCAUCCAAUCCAUAUAUCCUCUCUACUCCUUCUUCUUCAUUAAGAAACACCCACCAACACACAUUCCCCUACUUCAUUACUUAUCAUUAACAACAACAACACAAUCUCUCAUCUUAUUACUUUUCUUGCAAAAAUAAGUGAAAACCGGGUAGGGUGUACGUGUACGUGGUGGAACUUAUAAAUAUAUAUAAUGGGGGGUCCUGAUUGGGGGCCUGUGGUGGUGGCGGUUGCAUUGUUCAUCUUCCUCUCCCCGGGGUUGCUAUUCCAGAUUCCGGCAAGAACAAGGGUUGUUGAAUUCGGUAACAUGUACACCAGUGGAAUCUCCAUUCUCAUUCAUUCCCUUUUCUACUUUUGCAUCUACACCAUCUUAAUUGUUGCCAUUGGAGUUCAUAUACAUGCUGCCUAGCCUAGCUACAUCAUUUAUAUAUUAAUAAAUAAUGUUCUUUCUUUAGUGAUCGUGUUAAUUAAUCCAUAAAUUCUCUCCUCCUAUAUAUUAAUGUUUAUGUGCUUCUACUUGGCUUCUUGUCAUGUUAUAGCAUAGAUAUGUAUAAUAUUGAUUUAUUAUGAGAGAAAUAUACAUAAUGAUGAGUUAGCA